AUGGGCAUAACGCCAGAUCGGGCCCAGCGAUCUCCGUUGAAAUCGUCAAUGUACUCGAUGAAGAAUUGCGUCAAGAAAAGCGAAAUGGCCCCCCGGGGCCCCUCCCCGGAGGGCGGCGGGGGCGGGCGCGGGCCGGCGGGGGCGCCCCCCCCUCCCCCCCCCCCCCCCGGGGGGCGGCGGGGGCGGGCGCGGGCCGGCGGGGGCGGAGGCGGGGCCCCCCCCGGGGGCGGCGGGGGCGGGAGCGGGCCGGCGGGGGCGGGGGCGGGGGCCCCCCCCGGGGGCGGCGGGGGCGGGCGCGGGCCGGAGGGGGCGGAGGCGGGCCCCCCCCCGGGGGCGGCGGGGGCGGGCGCGGACCGGCGGGGGCGGGGGCGGGGGCCCCCCCCGGGGGCGGCGGGGGCGGGCGCGGGCCCGCGGGGGCGAGGGCGGGGGCCCCCCCCGGGGGCGGCGGGGGCGGGCGCGGACCCGCGGGGGCGGGGGCCCCCCGGGGGCGCCGGAAAAGCGAUCUUUUUCUCUUUUCUUGGUCUGUUGCGUUUGCCCACCGAUAUGCGUCCACGUUGA